AUGAAUGCCCGAUCACUCCUUUUUCUUGCCUUGGCGGCAUGCAUCUCGAAUUCAGAGGCCAGUGCCGUGAGCUUUACACCUCGGACGAAUUGUGAAACGCAACUUUGCGAAAACACUCCAACCACUCGAGGAUGCUGGGGUGCAUAUGAUCUCGAAACAAACUAUUACAAAACGGCACCCGAUACCGGAAAGACAGUGGAAGUCUGGCUAUCUGUCCAAGAGGGCAUUUGCAAUCAAAAUGGCUACGAGCGCCCUUGCAUGACCUUCAACGGCACAAUGCCAGGGCCGCCGAUCAUCGCCGACUGGGGCGAUAAGUUGAAGAUCCACGUCACCAACAACCUUGAGUCGAAUGGCACAUCAGUACACUGGCAUGGUGUCCACCUACGAAACAGCAAUCAAUGGGACGGGGUACCUGGUGUCACUCAGUGUCCGAUCGCACCGGGAGAACGCCUCACUUACGAAUUCAAAGUCACGCAAUAUGGAACCAGCUGGUAUCAUAGCCAUUUUUCCCUGCAAUCAUCCGAGGGCCUCUUCGGUCCGCUCAUCUUCAACGGCCCCGCAAGUGCAAACUACGAUGAGGAUCUUGGUGCGCUCUUCCUACAGGACUGGUCGCAUAGUCCUACUUUUGUCGAGUGGGAGGUCAAGCAGAAGUUCGGUAUCACAUCUUCACAGACAACGACGCUCGUCAAUGGGACCAAUACAUUUAAUUGCACAGCGGAACCACAUAAAAAUUGCGUCGGGGGUGGAAAGAAAUUCGAGAUGGUAUUCCAGCAAGGAAAGAAAUACCGCAUUCGCUUAAUCAACGUCGCUAUCGAUAGCCAGUUUCAGUUCAGCAUCGAUGGUCACAGCUUGACUGUUAUCUCCAAUGACUUUGUUCCGAUCGAGCCAUAUCUUGCAGACAGCAUUAUCCUGAACGUUGGUCAGAGAUACGACGUCAUUGUCGAGGCGAACGCUCCUCCGGGUGACUAUUGGCUUCGUGGAGGAUGGGUGCAAUCUUGCCAGGGUGUUGCGAACGACCACCCGGAGUCUGCUACGGGAAUUGUGCGUUACAAUUCUCGGAGCAUGAGGGACCCUACCAGUACCAGCUCGCUGUCAGCCCCGGUGUCUUGUCUCGACGAGCCCCAGGAGAACCUGGUGCCGUACUUGAAACUCGAUGUCGGCAGUAUCACCGACACGACUGUUGAGGAUAUAAACGUUCGCUUGACAAACGCUGCCAUGUUUCAAUGGACGAUAAACAGUAGUAGUCUUGUCCUAGACUGGGGGAGGCCUACGAUUCAGCAAAUCUAUGACAAGGAGCGAAUCUUUCCCACCCCCUACAAUGUUGUCGAAGUUGAAAAAGAAAACGAGGAGAAGGAAGAAUGGGCAGUGCUGGUAAUCGAAAACAAAGCUGCUGCAUUCUUUGGCGGUCUCGCCCACCCCAUCCAUUUCCACGGUCACGACUUCUGGAUCCUGGCCCAGGAGAGCCACCCUUGGGAUGGAAGCUCUGCUUCAUUCCAGACCAAGAAUCCCGUUCGCCGAGAUACUGCAGUGCUGCCAGCGCAUGGCUACCUUGCUCUCGCAUUCGAACUCGAUAACCCUGGCGCAUGGCUUGUUCACUGUCACAUUGCUUGGCACUCGAGCAUGGGGCUUGCACUUGAGUUUGUAGAAAGCGAGAAUUCAAUCUCGACUAAAAUCGUGCUCGAAAACCUGUAA